AUGGCAACAUCCAGUGGUGGUGUUCCCCCAGGGUUUCGAUUCCACCCUACCGACGAAGAGCUGCUUCACUACUAUUUGAAGAAGAAGGUGUCCUUUCAGAAGUUUGACAUGGAGGUCAUCAGAGAGGUCGACUUGAACAAGAUGGAACCUUGGGAAUUGCAAGAAAGAUGUAGAAUUGGGUCGACUCCGCAAAAUGAGUGGUACUUCUUUAGCCACAAAGACAGGAAGUAUCCAACAGGGUCAAGGACGAAUAGGGCAACAAACGCUGGGUUUUGGAAGGCAACAGGGAGAGACAAGUGCAUCAGAAACACAUACAAGAAGAUCGGAAUGAGGAAAACCCUGGUUUUCUAUAGAGGACGAGCCCCUCAUGGCCAAAAAACUGACUGGAUUAUGCACGAGUACCGCCUUGAAGAUGGCGAUGAUCCUCAAGGAAAUUUAUCUAGUGAAGAUGGAUGGGUGAUAUGUAGGGUGUUUAAGAAGAAGAAUUUGUUCAAGGUAACUGGGAAUAAUGAAGGAGGAAGCUCAAGCAUGAACUCAUCAGACCAUCAUCAUCAUCAACAGCUGACUAUGAACACCAAUCAAUUGCAAGCUCGCACCUUCAUGCAUGCACAUAGCAGCAGGUCAGACAAUCAGUACCUACUACGCCAACAAGCCUUUGAACUAAACAGACCUCAUGAUCACGAUCAAGAUCAGGAUCAGUUGCCACCCUCCCUCCACUAUGCCCACCUCAAUUUGCAGCCUCCUCCUCAAUACUCACUUUUCCACUCUCAGGCCCUUAACAUACCAACAACUAACUCCCACAAAACCCUAGCUGCAUAUAAUGACUAUUCUGCCCUCCCUUCCGACUCGUCACCUGGCCAUGGCAUGGUUAAGCAGCUCAUGACCAACCCCAGAGACUGCGAGAGCACUGGCAGCGAGAGCCUCCGGUACCAAGCGUGCGAACCGGGACUGGAAGUUAACGACAGCGCGUGCGAACCAAAUCAGCAAACGAUGGUUAAUGCAGGAGGAAGAUCAUCAGAUGAUCAAGGCAUGAGUGAAUGGGCUAUGCUGGACCGGCUUGUGACUUCUCAUCUUGGAAAUGAAGACUCGACGUCCAAAGGUGGAGCUUCUGCGAGGUAUGAUCAGGACGGGAAUGGAUCAUCUACUGUCAACCAGAUUAACCAGCAGCAACAGCAACAGCAGCUCUCUUUGCGUGGAGAGAUGGAUUUUUGGGGCUACGCAAAAUAG